CUCUAAGCCAGCUAUAAGAACCCUCUCAUUCCCUCACCCCGCAUCGAAGCUUAGGCCACCAGCAACACCAUCUGCCCCUCUCAACUCUCAUCUAAGCCCAGACAACUCCCCUCCAGGCGACCUCAAUAUGCCUGCAUUGACAAGAAGACCAAGCACGAGCCAGGCCUCCAGCCACGAUUCUCACAGCCGGAGGAGCAAUGACUCGUACGAGGCACAUUCUACCACUCCGACUUCCAUCUACACCUCCCCACGGCCAUCAGAUGCCAAGGCCCUGUCAUCCUCAAGCAGCAGUGGAAGCUACACUUCGAGCACAAGCAAGCCCAGGCACCAGCGGUCGUAUGGCAACUACCAAGAAGACAUAAGCCCUGGUACAUCUCUGUAUCCGCGGUCAUCGGUUGACACGUACGCUUCCACCACAGCUUCGGAGGAGGACCUAAAAGCUUUGGAACUCGACGCUACGGACGGCCCGAUGGACUAUGAGUACAGCAAUAUUCCUCCGCUGCCCAUUUACCGUCGAGAAGUCAUCGAACCCAACGUCCGCCCUUCCACACCGCCCGAGUUUGCGAAGCUGUUCCCAUCCCUCAACAGAUUCUCCAUCCGCCACGAUGAGCUGACCUCCGACGGCAACAUGAACUUGCGCAUAGACACUGUCGUGACUGGCCGGAGACGAACCGCCAUCCAGCUCUUCCAUCUGCGCAUGUAUGACCUGGCAAAGCGGGAGUUUUCGCUGCGACGCUACUGCCGUGACUCCGGCCGCGAGGUGUGUAACUCGAAGCGCAAGUACAUUGAGCCCACAGCCCCAAAGCCGGCAAAUGAGAGCGAGGGCGGUCGUCCGACUCUACAACGAUCAGUGACGAGUGCCAUAAAGACGUUGAGCGGUGGAGGUGGGAAACCCGGCUUUGGCAGGAGGAACUCGGGCGGUUCCAUCUUUGGCCCUCGUUCACCACUCAGCAACACCAGCGUGAGGCCAGGAACCAGCAACAGCCAUACCUCUUGUGAUGGCGAUGACGAGUACUUUGGAAAUUCCACUUCGCGUUUGUCACUGACGAACAACCGACUCGGGCCCAAGGCGAAACCGCAGCGACCAAUGCCCACCAACACCAUCAAGCUCGAGUUCAGUAACUAUGCCCGCGUCGAUAUCCACCGCCGCGGAAGCAGCAAGAACAAGCGAUAUGAGUUUGAGUGGUGGGGCCAUGGCUACGCCUGGAAACGGUCUGUCGACAAGCAGCUUGGUUUGGUGUCGUUCCACCUCGUGCGUGACGCCAACGCCAACACCCCUGUCGCCCAUAUUGUGCCGGAGACAAGGUCGCCAAGUCAGGUGCUCGCCGAUGAAAGCGCCGGUGGCUGGCUCCCUCCAUGUUUCAUGUGGUUCGCCGAUGAGUCAAUCCUCGAUGCUAUGACUGAUGUUGCAGAUGUCAUCAUGGCAACCGGCCUCAUGGCUCUGGUCGAUAACUGUAUCAAGGAGCGGUGGCAGACCAAGAAGAUCCAUCGCAUCCCGGUGCCGUUGACCUCCAAGACAGUUGAUGUUGCUCCCAAGGCGUUUAUGCAGCACGUCUUUGGCCGCCGCAACUCGAACGAGGGGCAUUAUCACACGAAUCCGCCCAGUGCUCUGCGCUUUAUGUAUCCCGUAUCGGCCUACUAGAGACUGCAAACUCGACUUCUCUUAUGACAGAGUGCCCUUUGAUCGCCAUUUCAAGGCGAGAUGGGAGAAAAAGAUCCAACCAACUUGGUCUAUUUACGGAAAAGCUUGCCUGGAAGAGUCCAGGCGUCCUAGACUCCAGUCUUUCAGAUACAGAAAGCG